UUCCACAACAGCCACCCCAGCAGUGCACCCGCCACGCAGGUUCCCCGUCCGAAGCAGGAGAUGCAGCCGCCGAUCAAACCCAAGAACACCUGGGGCUUCGGCGAGGACGAAGGUUCCGACGUGUCAGGCAAACGCGGGCGGCGCCGGGGCAAAGGUUACAACGGGAGGGACGACUCGCCCAACUCAGGCUCCCAGCCGUCGGGCUCCUACAAGAAGGAGUACCUGAAGAAGCUGGAGUACAACGCUCGUGCGGCCACGCUGUCCGGCUCUCAUCCCCGGGGUCGUGUGGUGCCGCUGGAGCAGGACUCCGCACAGACCGCCGCCGUCGCCACGCCAACAGACAAAGCCGGUGUGAUCCCUGUCAGCAGUAUGUCGUCUCCGAAGAAGCGCCGUGAGCAGCGUGACGCGGAGGACCCGCCCGCGGGGACGGGGGUUCGGAACGAGAGCCCGCUCGGCCACCACUACGUCCCGUCGUUCGUGGACCAGCCGCGGGACGAGGCCAGGAACCAGCGAGCAAGCCUCUCCAACUCCUGGCCGCACCAGUCCAGGGACUUCGCUGACAUGCCCAAACCCAAGAAGUCGCAGGACCCACUCAGUGCUCUGGAUUCGUCGCUGAACACCAGUUCUGACAGACUGGAGGCUUCUGAGGAGAGUCCGAGAUACAAGGGAAAGGAACCAGGGAGAGAGAACCAGACGCCCAUCCCCAUGAAGCCGGCCUUGGCGCGCUCCGCCUCCAAGCGGAGGAACAAGGUGAUCCCGCCCAUCCCCACCGGUGGGGAGCCCAGCCCCAGGGAGGGGGACGAGCUGGACAGUGGCAGGGACAGUUCCUACGUCCCCACGUCCAACCGGGAGAGCGGACAUGCGGAGCCGGAGAUCGACAUGGAGUCGUCCCUGAGGCAGAUCCGGAACAGCGCGUCCAAGAAGCGAGCGCAGAAGCUGGUGAACAGCCUGUCGGAGACGAGUCUUUACUCCUCGCUGUCGGCCGCCUCGUCACGAUCGCCCUCCCCUCCCUCCUCUUCCCUUGACGACAGCGGGCUCUUCUCUCCAAUGUCCACCCUCCCUCUGGACGACGAGGCCAGCUCCACUCCAAAGACGACUCCCAAGAGAAAAGGGAAAUCCGGCGCGGAGUCUCCGUUUGGGUCGAAGCCACUCAUGGCUCGCCGAGCUUCUGCAGGCAGACGGCGCUCCCCUCCCACCGAGGGUGACCCCGAACGGAACACGGAGCCAAACCCGUUUGAGUACCAGCCCAACAGCGGCGUGACGUUCCGCGACAAACCCAGCUCCGACGUCAGCGUGGUCGGGCAGAGGAUGAGCUACAGUAACAUGGCGGACGCGAGUGAGCCCAGACCGGAGCCUGUGAAAAAGGCAUCCCCACCCCUGGGGCAGGCCUCCCCCACCCUCCCCACCAGACCUGCCCCACCCAGGGGAGCUGACAUGAGGGACAGGAAAAAACAGAAAGGUUCCCCCAUGCCUGGGAUGGCAUCUCUGCAGCACCCAGGGUCAGCCGAUGUGGACGAUGGUGGGAACAUUAAUAACGACCAUGUGGUGAUCGUAGGCAGAGGAAUGUUGUCUGGGUCCACUUCCAACAUGGACACCACGGAGCCGCUGGCGGGCGACCGGGCUUCCCCGUUGCUACGGAAACGGGGUAACCAUGACGACCGUGAGGAGCCGCCGUCGGGUGUGUACGGAGUCGGAAUGCGGCAGGGCGCGGCGGACGACUACGACUCGGACUUCGAUGAGGAGGACCCAAACAACAUCUCGAUGUCUCGCGCGACGCGGGAGCGGCUGAACAGCAAACAGCAGCAGCGCAAGGAGGAGAUACGGGCGGAGAAACGGGCGGAGAAGGAGAGACAGGAGCAGGAGAGGAAGGAACAGCUCAGGUUGGAGGAGGAGUGGAAAGAGCUGGAGCUCGCGAAACAGGCGAAACGGCGCCGCUUGAAGGAGAAAAGGCGUCUGGAGCGAGAACAGAAGCAGAGAGAGCAGGAGGAGUGGGAGAGGCAGCGGGAGGAGCAGGAGAAACAGGAGAGAGAACGGAAACAGAGGGAGAGAGAAGAGAACGAGAAAAGGAGAAGAGAAAGAGAGGAGCGAGCGAGACGGAGAGCGGAGGAGAAGGAACGACAGAAGGAGAAACUCAAGCAGUCCAGUCAGAUGGAGCUGGAGGAUAUCGGUGGCCUGUCUAUAAUGGGGACGGGUCCGUACGACCGUGCCAGGGUUCUGGACUCCUCACCUGUAGGCAAGCCGCCGGCGCACACACCAAAGAAGAGAGGCUCACAAUCGCCAAAAGUGGGCUCUUCUCCGAGCACACCGUCGAGCCAGGUGAGCACGCCUUCGCACCGCAGCAGCUCGCUCAUGGACGAACUUGACCUCAAACCCUUCACCAACCCCGACGCCGCGCUGCAGGACGCCUUCAGGCUCAUCAACGACGAGAACUGGGAGGUGAAGUGCGAAGGCAUCAGCCAUAUCCGCAGACUCGCCAUCUUCCACCCGAAGGUCGUGAACUCCCGGCUUCACGACGCGAUCCUCGCCGUGCUCACGGAGGUCAAGAACCUCCGCUCGUCGGUCGCUCGCGCCGCCAUCGCCUGUCUCGGAGACAUGUUCACCUACCAGAAAAACAUGGACCAGGACAUUGACCAGACCACCCAAGUCCUGCUCCACAAGAACGGGGAGUCCAACGGGUUUAUCCGAGAGGAUGUGGACAAGGCGAUGGCAGCCCUGGCCAUGAAUGUCUCCCCACAGAGAGCUCUGACGGCACUCAUCGCAGCAGGCAGAGAUCACAGGAACGUAGCUGUGAGGAAAUGCACAGCACAGUACCUGGUGACGAUCGUCGAGCGGAUGGGCACGGGACGCGUCAUGUCAGGCAUCAAGGACGUCACGGACAAAGUCCUGCCCACGGCCACCAUGUUCGCGUGUGACAGCUCCGGAGAGAUCAGGUACUACGGUAAGAAGGUCCUGUACCAGCUGAUGUCUCAUGAAGAUUUUGACAAGCUCCUGGUGAAACACGUGGCACCGAAACACCUGAAGGACGUACAGAACAAAGUGGAGGAACUCAGGCAGAGGGGUCUGGGAGAGAUGCCGACAGACACGCCGUCCGCUCGACACAGAAGGGCAGAAAGCGGCGGGUCACGGGCGAAAUCUGGGUCAAGAGACAGCAUCAACUCUCCCAGCAGCACCCUGUCCACACCGACGUCCUCGGCGAAGAAGAAGUCUCCGCGCGGCGCCGACACGGGUCUGGAGGAGUGUAAGGAGCUGUUUGGGCUGCUGGACGCGCGGGACUGGCAGCAGCGCAGCCAGGGCAUCCAGCAGCUGGCAGACAUGUGUGCCGCCGGGCACCCAGCCGUCUUCAACAACCUGGUCAAGGUGUUUGACCGGUUUGUCCCCAGACUAACGGACAACAACACGAAGGUGAACCUGUUUGCGCUGCAAGCCGUGCGUGACAUUAUCCGGCAGGUGGGGCCGUACGUGGACUCCACGAUCGUGAACGCGCUCGUGCCGCAGCUGGUCGGAAAUCUCGCCUCCAAGAACCAGCAGAUCUACAACGCCACGAAGGAGGCGCUCAGCUCUGUGGUGCAGUGUGUAGACAAAAGCCUGUUGCUCCAGCCGUUUGCCAACGCCGCUCAGUACGGAAACGCUCGCGUCAAGCCGGACAUGAUCGACAAACUCUCAGACCUUGUGCUGGAGAUCUACUCGCGGAAGCAGCAGUCGGUGAUUCGGCACAUCCUGCCGGUCCUGUGGCACCUUCUGGGGAACACGACCAGCAGCGGCGCGCUGCCCGGCGGCACCGGAAACAUCCGCGACGCAACGAACCGCCUCGCCAACGCGCUGCACAUGCAGAUGGGAGACGCACUGCUGGAGUUCGCCAGCAGCCUCACGCAGAGAAACCUGCAGACGCUCAAGGACAUGCUGGCCAACCCUGUACAGCAAUGACAGCAUGACAUGCUGGCCAACCCUGUACAGCAAUGACAGCAUGACAUGCUGGCCAACCCUGCACUGUUGUAAAGUUGUGUUCUUGAUGUAAUAAUAUGUCAGUGUCGUAAACUUGUGAAACAAAAACUGUCAACAUAUCAGUCAGCUUGUACAGAUGGUCGGUUUUGAGUACUGAGUACUACGUAAAGGUUUGCCUACUGACCAAACAGAGUUAUUGGAUUGCACCACAAAGUGUUUGACUGUAUCAAGAUUUAAUGUUCAUAAGAAACUUUAUGGUGACAUAAGAAUCUAGUCAACUUGUGUGACAUACAGCUGGGUGCAGUACCGGAGAUGGCUGAUAGGGGGCACCCAAGUGCCUUCAGAGAGUUGAAUCCCAGGAAGUGACUUGAGCUGCGAGACUAACAGUGAACGCACGGCUGAUGCCUUUACUCAGUCCAGAAGCACGAAUGUAUUUCCUCGGUGUCCGUAUUUUGUAGACUUUGUGCAUAUCAAAUAAUGAGACUUACCGGUAGAAAUGAUGCAGGAAAGCAGGCAUGACACCAGUAGUACACACAUGUAUGCACCGGAUGCGUGCAGUCCUUUUCAUGCUCUGUACCCGUCCUGUGCCCUGCUUUACUGUACGAGAGCCGAGGAAAUGGAUUGUUGUGGCCUCGUGGCCUGUGAAAUGCUGCUGUCAAAGGGACCAAUAGGGUUUGUUAGGUCUCCAUGCUGCGAGACUGGACUCUGGAUUCUGCCACGAUUGGCUGGUUUAAACCAUGACUCUGCCGUGAUUGGCUGGUUUAAGCCGUGACUCUGCUGCGAUUGGCCGGUUAAACCGUAAUUGCUAUGAUUGGCUGUUUAACCCGUCCUCCCGUCACACAUCCUGUGAUCUGUAUUUUUGGUCAGCUCCCAUGUUCCAAAGGUGUAUAGCCAAUAGGGGUAUUUUUUGUGGUGAACCGUGAAAAUAGAAGAUAUUAGAUACCAAAAUGUACAAACCAAAACAUGCACUUCUAUAUAGAGAUAUUAAAGGCCCACUAUAGUGCAUGUAACGUAACUUAGAGUAGCUAGGUAGUUUUCUACUUGUGGCUGUUAUUUUUGUAUAAUUUGUCCAUGUACAGUGUACAAUUGGGCUGUACAGAGAAUAUAGUGUGUAACAGAAUAAGCCGUCCCAACCUGUAUCUUGUAUAUAGUAGGUUUGAGAGUUAUUGGUGUGAGGGGCUCAUUGCUGCUUAUGUUCCUUUGCAUUUCGCUUGUUCACGUGGGGAAGUUUCAGGUGCAGUUUGGUCGUCACUUGGUGUGCGUGAUCUAUUACUAUAAUUGUAACAGCUCUUAUGCUGCAUGACUCUGUGGAUGGGGAGUUCGCAUGUGUGCUGCACACUUUAUGGUAGGCUUCUCAAGUUGCAUUUCAUCUUAUUAUCUGUAAAGCAACAAAGCUCCAGAACUCUGGAGCUCAUCUUAGUACGGUUUGUAGCUUUUAUCAACCACGAUAGGUGCCAUUGCACAUUUUUCACACUUGGCCAGUUUGUUACCUUUAAGUUUUAGAAGCAAAGAAUGUUGUUGGCCUGAAAUCCCAGUUGUUGCCUUGUAUGUGGUAUGAAAUGACAUCCCUGUUACCGAGUGUUUCUUGUAACCUUCCACGUCGAGAUGGUGUGGGGGGGGGGGAUGCAGAGAGGUGAACAUUACUAGACUUAAGCAGACUAACAGUGAAAUUUUCAGCUAUUCCAGUUUUACCUUGGUGUAUCUUUUUACAACAGUGAGGGGCCCUUCCCUCACUCCUGACUAGACUGUUUUUAGGUGACUGUCUUGUUUUGACUGUGCGUUUAGCCACUGCCAGACCCAGUCUGGAGCCAACUACACACAUAUCGUAGCCAGAAUAACAUAUCAAAUACGUGUGUAUGAAGUUACACAGGUGAAGCAUUCCCUGCUUGUAGAGCAAGUUUUGUUGAAGAGUGAAGCCCAGUCUGAGUCUGGCAGUGGCGGUGGCAGAUAGAGUAAACCCUCUUGUGUAUAGCAGUAGUGUAAGCUGUUUGGCUUUGUUGAUAUCAUUGCCUGUAAAUAGAGUAGAGUAUAUCCCAAUCUGAAUGUCAAACCUCUGUGUACAGGAUGAGCUUGAAAUGUUGUGAAACUCUUGAGAGUUCUCCCAAGAGUUGUAUUGUUUAAAUAUAUGAUUAUUAUAGUGAUUUUAAGUUUUUGAUGAACUUCCGUCCAUGAUUUCACUGGUGCAUGCCAUAGUGAUGCAGCCAUGCCUCCGCUCCCGGGAACAGGGUUCGGCAACCCAUGGAAACAACAUCACUAGAACACAGUUACUGUAUCAAAUACUGCUCUGGCCUACCAAAAUCUGUUAAUAACUCAGUCUUCAGACUCCAUUUUUAACUACUGUGUUCAGCCACACGUAUAAACUUAUUUUUCAAAAUGGUAUUUUAAGAAAGUUGGUUUGUAAAAACUUUCACAGUUCCUAGAACAGUAUCCAGUCCGGAAAAGUUCCUACACAUCCACAAAGGUUGCAGAGUAAUCUGUAUUGUUUUCUGUAUUUCCGACUUGUGCCUGUUGUUCCCUGUUCCCGGAGCUUGUGGGCGAAACGUUGAGCUGUUGUGUCUGUGUGUUGACGAGGCGGCCGCCGUGCCUUGCCUUGUGUCCGUGCACACGGCUGAAGCCCCCGUGCCAGUUGCUGUAAGGUAUGGCUCAUUUGGUCAUUAAACACUGAGAAGCACA